AGUCCAUGGGUUCACAAAGAGUCAUACGUGGCUGAGCAACUGAACAAAAACAGGCAGGGGGCAGGGAUCCCUGAGGCAGGCCAUUAGGGAUGGGUUGUUGAUAACUUACUGUGAAUGGUGCAGGUAUCCAUGGUCUCUGAAGGAGAAAAUUUUACUCUGAGACCAAAAGACAAGAUCUCAGUCGAUCAGAGCUUUGUGUAACAAAGUUUUAUUUAAAGUGACAGGACAGAGAAAGCUUCUGACAUAGAUAUCAGAAGGGGGUAAAAGAGUACCCACCUCACUGUUUUACACAGAACAUUAUAUACUUUUCAAAGGCUGCUGAUAAUAGAUAAGAAGAAUACCUGGAGGUUGUAAGAGUUCCACUGGACCCUUUCCCAAGGCUUAUAUCCUGAGAUAGCUUCAGUACAAGAUUAAGUAGAAGGAAACCUGAAGAAGUGUUCCAGGCAACGCUUUUCUGCAAAAGAUACAUUGUUUUAAGAAACAGAUUAACAGGCGAGAUUUGUUACAAUUAUAAUCAUUAACAUAGAGUCUAAGAAAAGUAUUUUCAUGAGUAAGCUUUGUUCUGUGUGCUCAUUUGCUCCUAAAGAAAGGCCAGUUCUGAACUAUUCAAUAUGGAGGUGGAGGUCGGUAAGCUGGAACUUAUGUUCCAGAAAGCUGACUCUGAUCUGGACUACAUUCAGUACAGGCUGGAAUAUGAAAUCAAGACUAAUUAUCCUGAUUCAGCAGGCAAGAAAAAUCCAGUUACACUUUUAAAGGAAUUGUCAACAAUAAAGUCUCGAUAUCAGACUUUGCACGUUUGUUUUAAACCAAUUGCUGUGGAGAAGAAAGAGACUAAAAGCCGCAUUUGUGCUACUUUCAAUAAGACUAUGACCUUGAUACAAGAACUGCAGAAGGAAACAGACCUGGAGCUGUUACCGCUGACUGAAGAAGAGAAAACUGCAGCAGAGCAAUUAAGGGCUCACAUGUCAAACUUACGAGGAAGAAAUGGACUUGCAAAAAGGAACUCUAAUGGGAAAGAAAUCAAUCCCAGAAAUUUAGGAAGAUGUCUUGUUAACAUUGAUGACUAUUGGUCGGGAGAUGACAAAGGAGAUUUGGCUUGGGUGGCUGGAUAGUGAUGCCUUCCACAGGAGAGGGGGAUAUGAGAGAAGGGUAGAUAUUGUAUUAAUAAAAUUUAGCCAAAGGGGCAGAAUGGAAAUAAAGAGAUUUUAAAAAUAUAUGGACACAUGCUUAGUAAUUUCAGGCAAGGAAGUCCCAACACCAUUUGUGUCUGGUUUUGUAUAACUGGGAUAACACAGAUGUCCUGACUGACUUAUUGCAAAAGAAUAUUAUGUACUGUCAGUCAGUCAGAUGUGAAUGAACAUGCUUGGGAAAUUAAAAGUUAGAAUAAUAUUUGUACUAUAUAGGCUUACCUGGUGGCUCAGAUGGUAAAGCACCUGCCUGCAAUGCGGGAGACCUGGGUUUGAUCCCUGGGUGGGGAAGAUCCUCUGGAGAAGGAAAU